UGACUUCAUGCGGCCAGAGCUAGGCGGCGGGAGCGGCAGCUGCAGCUGGCAGGUGGGGUGGGGGCCGGCGGGAGCUGACCACGCACUCGGCCCAGCGAGACGGGACUGCGGCCGGGGUUGCAGGCUCCCAGGACACGCACUGACUCGAUCAGGGGAAGGCCUGUGUCGACGUCAAACUUCACAAGUCUGCUUUCAAGUGCUGUCCCUGCUAUGUGGAUAUUUGUUAGCAAUGACUGAUGUGGAAACUACAUAUGCAGAUUUUAUUGCUUCAGGAAGAACAGGUAGAAGAAAUGCAAUACAUGAUAUCCUGGUUUCCUCUGCAAGUGGUAACAGCAAUGAAUUAGCCCUGAAAUUAGCUGGUCUUGAUAUCAACAAGACAGCAGAAGGCGAAGAUGAUGCACAGAGGAAUUCGACAGAACAAAGUGGGGAAGCCCAGGGAGAAGCAGCAAAAUCUGAAAGCUAACCCCCCACUUUGACCUUCAACAACACCUGACAACAUGGCGAAUCUCCAGGCGUUGCUGGAAUGAAUGUGCUUCCAUGAGCAAAAAGGGGGAAAAGAAAAUGGCUGUGCUGCAUCACAGGAACCUGCUUGUUAUCAUAUUGAAAAUGGGGGCAGAGGCUGUGGCUGCAGACAGACUUUUCUCUACCUCCAUCAUUAGCAAUGGUUGAAAUCAUGUGGCUUGUGUUUGGAUGUCAUUUUUGUAUGGAUCCUUUCACUUGACCAUGUGAUGAAAUGCUUGUAGAGAGUAGCUCUGACCUAGAUGAUGAUUCCUGUAGCAUCUGGCCCCUCAUAAUGUCAGAGGAUUUAAUUGUGUCUAAUUGCAAACAGUUGGUUGAACCCCAGAGUUUAAAUAGCUCUGGCUUAAGUAUUUACCCAGUAAAAGAAUCAUCCAGAAAGCACUGUUUUUAGCAUUAUGUAUCCGUGUGUUACUGCUGUGUUAUUUACUGUUUUGUAUUGUACAGUAUAGACGCUCAGCACUGCCCCCUUCUUUGAUUGCUUAUUGAAAACAAAAAUGAUGCAUAUUACUGUGAAUUUUUAUACCACUCAUUUUUUAAAGGGCUGCCUGUUUUGUUUUUCAUGGUGUGGUGGUGUGCACGGAACAGAACACAUUUUUUACAAUGUAAUCUUUCCUCUUGAUCAUUGUAUAUUGAUGAAUUAAAUCUAAUAGAUUCAUCAAGAUUCCUUUGCUUUAUUAUACAGACAUUUGAAAAUAUCCAUUAAUGUGAAUAUCACUUGAAUUCUGUCUGUUUGGUGUCUGUACAGAGUGGAAUUUAAUCUGUCAAUUUUCUUUUAGGCCCAAGUAGCAAAUUUCUCCCAUCUAAUAUUGUUAAUUAUGAAACUUUGGGGGAAUUGAAAAGAUAGAUAAGAGAAGCCAACAUAAUCCUGAGAACUGGAAAUAUUUUGUUCUGUAGAAUCAGAUUUCCCACAAUGCUGUAUGCCACUAUUUAAAUUUGGAGAAAAAUUUGCCUCCACCAGGCUGAGAAGGAUGGAAAAAGUGAUCUUGCAAUCAUGUGGGUACCAAUCACUAAAGUAAAGCCCUCGUGUCGUGUUUUUCAUGUCUUUUUUCAGCCCUAUCUGAUCCAAAUGUUAUUAUGCACUUUUUAAUGUUUGUAAACUUUUACUAUAAUUAGUGUGAACUGCAUUGUAAUUAUCACCAUUAGAAGCUAACAAAAUUUUCACUAAUACUAUUGAUGACUUAUGCUGUGUUUUAACAUCAUGAUUCUUUUGUGGAAACUUCCUGUGAGCUGUGUAAUCCCUCUGGUCAGUAUUAUGAAAUUAUUUGUCAGUGGUAAUAAAUAAGGAACCAGGAAUAUACAAGUGGUUUAUGAAUUACUGGACAAAUAACAUAUAACAGGAAACCUCUUUGCAAUAAAGAGCCCAUUUAGCUGUCCUUGAGGGUUUAGAAACAGUUCCAGGUGAUGUAGGUAGAUCAGCAUUUCAACAGGUAAUCUCAGUGGUUAUUCCAGGAACUCAGCUUUUCUCUAUAGUUACAGACAGGAUGAAAGGUAAGUCUGGUCACUUCUCCCUUUCCAGUACUUUUCACUGUCUGGGUUAAGGGUAUGAGUCUGAUUUGGUUCUUAAUCAGAUGUUACCUUCCCCACCCCUAUAAAAAAGGUAACAAUGUGAGUCUUUCUAAGAACAGAAAGAAAAUUGAUUAAAUUUUAAAUAUUUUUUAUCUAACCUGUGAGGGGGGGCAAAAUGCCCGUAAAAAAUUUAAACAAAUCUACCUAUUAAUAGAUUCUCAAAUACGAAGACAAGUUCCUGAGAUGAUUUUAGGCAAUCUCUUUUAGUCUGUUUCAAACAUCCAUCCUGCAAAAUUGGCUUGCCUUGUGUUCAUUUACUAUCUUGAUAGCUUUCUUGUGAAUCUAAAGUUUCUUCUUCCUUAAAAUUGUGGAAUUCCAAACUGAUUUCAUGUAAUUUUGUAAAGUUUAGAACCAGUGCUGAGUAUAUGUGGAAGGUUUAUAUUCAGGUAUGAUACACUAUUAUUAAUGCAUGUAGUGCCAAGUUUGUCUUUGAAUAUAUAAUUAGUGGUAAAUUGUGAAGUUAUACGGGGCUUUUUAGUUUGACCUCUUAAUGCUACUUUGUCUGGAAUACUAAAACUCAGUGGCAUCCCAAGCUGAGAAGAUAAAAAUUGUCUUUCCAAAAAACAUCCACAUUCUAUAAAGUUUGCUUAGCAAAAGUGUAUAAUAUUUUUCAUAUUUUACUUUGAUGUCCUUUUUUGCAAAAUAAUACUGAGCUGAAUUUUAAGGAGAGAAGGAAAGGAUAGGAAAGUAAGGCAAUGAUUUGACAAUCGGUAGUGGAUGUCUCCUAACAAACUAUCCCGAUAGUAAUCACUUUGCAGCUCAUGUUCUCACAUUUCAUCCCCAAACAAUUCAAUUAGAGUGAUUUAUCUGAUUUAACAUAUUAGAAAAUUAGUACUCAAAAGGGAAUAAUUUUUCCAAACAUGAAAAUCUAAUUGAUGAAAUUGAUAUUGGAAUCAUAUUUGCCUGUCUUCAAGAAGCUUUCCAUAGCACAUGCUAUAAAAUUAAAGCCAGUUACAAAGAAUGUUUACCUGGAAGAUAAUUUCUAGUGAUGGACUUAGCCUCCACAUUUCAGAGAAGGAAACUGAGUCUUAAGAAGACAUUGCUUUUUCUUAAGGUUACCUGUAUGAGUAUGACAAACACAUACCUAAAUCCUAGAAACUGUACUUUAAAAAAAAUUAUAAUUUAUUUUGGAAAGUAUGCUUCCCAGAAGAUGCAGUGGUCUGUUAACUUAGCAUGGUUCAGACUGCUUAUGUUCUUCGCUACUCCUUUUGCUUAAUUACCUAAAACUGUAAUUUCAGUUUUUGAGUCAUUUGCAACAUGUGAACUUGUCAAAUUUACUUUCUGUCAUGUAUCCCAUGGCAAUAUAUAUUUACCUUAAGUUCAAAGAAAUGUUUUUCCAAUCAAUAAUAGAAUCACAGGCUGUAAUUUCUAGGUGAUAUGAUACUCUCCAGAGAAGCCUACUAUAAUGUCUUAUACCUGAGUCUCACUCAGACAUUGUGGGACUGAGCCAUUUUAAAAGACAAACAAUAUUUCUUUGUCUCCUCAGAGAGACAAUAAUGGGUAAAGAAAUGCAACUAAUAGGUGGGAAUGCUUCUGAGUGAAACCUGUAAUAUUAAAGACAAACUGUAUAGUCAUUAAGUGAAAACAGGAAAUAUCUAUAAUUUAUGAUGUCUUAAUAAGCCCUAAAUUGUUCUUUAGUUAAGAGUGGCAGUCUCUGAAGUCAUUUGUGAGCUUGUAUGACUUUUGUAUUUAGCAAUGUUGCACGCUCACAUAAUUAAUAUUAAAAGUAACACAUUUUUCUGAAAUGUA